AUGGCCUUUAAGAACUAUUUUCAGUCUCUUCCAGAAAUUAAAGACCUGGUAAGAAACAGGGAGUCACUGCUGCCUACACUCUCCGGAGAGCAGCGCUGGGGAGAAAAGAUGGAGUGGAGGCUGGGGAAGACGACCCACGUCCGGAGGAACCUCUUUGGCCCCGUAGACCACGAGCAGCUGCGGCAGGACUUCCAGCACAUGCUGCACCACAGCGUCGAGGGGGCCCAGCAGAAGUGGAACUUCGAUUUCCUCCAGGACACGCCGGCGGAGGGCCUUCUGCCGUGGGAAGAGCUCAAGGGCCAUGAGGUGCCUGCCUUCUACCACAGCUGCAUGGUGGGAGAUGCUCGGAGACCACUGCAGCACUUAAACUGGCCCCUGGGCAGGGAGGACGAGAGUCACGGCUUUGCCCAGGUGGCACUGACUGAGAAACCCAAAACUUCCAAGAAAACUGGGGGGAAGAGGAGCUCGGAAGGGAAAAAGAGGAAACAGACGUCGUUGACAGAUUACUACUUGGUGAAGAAGCGAGUCAAAACAAAUAUGGAAGCUACUACAAAGAAGUCAACUUCUUGA